UGCUACUACACUGCUGCCUCUCUCGUGCAAAAUCAUCAUCAUCAAUCAUCGCUGGUGCUCUCAAGGACAUGGUGUCGAUUGGUUUGCUCUCAGGGGUGGUUCUCCGCUGAUUCUUACCCUCGUUUGCGGACUGUGUUUUGAUUUCGCUUGUCCGAGAAUGCUUUGACUGCGUUCUGGCUACUCCUGUUCUAGUCAAGAAACUGCAAAGUAACACAAUUCCGUCGGCGCCACCAUGAAUAGCUAUAGCUUUUCACUGGCAGAAAGACUGAUUCCUGCCACUUACCUCCAGCAAGCUGCUUCUGCCAAAAAGUCCAGAGAAAAUCUCAUCAGGCAGCUAAUUGAACAGCGAAAAUGGCCCGAGGAUGGUUGGGACGAUGCGACCAUCGAGUACUUCCUCUCCGAACUGGCCCAGAUGGACAGCAACAACUUCCCCGGACACUGCGGCAUUGGCGAGCGGGAAGCACGGAUCGCGUCUUCCCUGGUUGCCCGCAGGCAUUACAGACUGGCCCACGGAAUUGGCCGCUCCGGUGACCUAGGCGAGGUCCAGCCCAAGGCGGCAGGCUCAAGUCUCAUGAACAAGCUCACCAACGCCUUGGUUUUGGAUGUAAUUAGGUUUACAGGUGUCAAAACGUCUGCCGGUUGUUUUGUCGUACCAAUGGCCACGGGAAUGAGCCUCGUGUUGUGUAUGUUAGCUUUAAAACAGGAGAGAGAACAAGCCAAAUACGUUUUGUGGUCUCGAAUCGACCAGAAAGCGUGCUUUAAGUGCAUCAUCACAGCUGGGCUGACACCUGUUGUAAUUGAACCAACGCUAGUGGGAGACGAACUGAGAACAGAUGUAGCAGCUUUAGAAACGCAAAUGCAGCAACUCGGACCAGCCAACAUUGUCUGCGUGUUGUCCACGACCAGUUGCUUCGCACCGCGGGCGCCCGACUCGCUAGAGCAGGUGGCAGUUCUGUGCUCCCGCAACAACAUUCCCCACAUUGUGAAUAAUGCCUACGGGCUCCAGAGUGCCAGAUGCAUGCAUCUCAUUCAAGAAGCAUCAAGGAAAGGUCGAGUGGAUGCGUUUGUACAAAGCACAGACAAGAACCUGUUAGUGCCCGUUGGCGGGGCUAUAAUCGCUGGCUUUGACAAAGGAUUUGUCGAAAGGAUUUCCAAAAUGUAUCCAGGCCGGGCUUCAUCCAGUCCAGCGCUGGACGUUUUUAUUACCUUGUUAUCCCUGGGAGUAAAAGGAUUCAAAGACUUGGUCACACAACGCAAAGAAAUGUACACUUUGCUGAAAGAGGAGCUGGGAAAAGUAGCUCAGAAACACGGAGAACGGCUUCUAGAAACCAAGAGCAAUCCUAUCUCAAUUGCUAUGACUCUGAGUUGUCUUUCGGGCGGUGAUCCGAAGAGCAUUUCCAUGCUGGGCUCCAUGCUGUUUUUACGAUGCGUGUCUGGUUCUAGAGUGAUUACGGGUGUAGAUGUGAAAGACGUUUCCGGACACAAAUUUGAAGGCUGGGGCUCGCACCACUCUUCUUACCCUGUCCCAUACUUGACAGCUGCUGCAGCUAUUGGUAUGAGGAGACAAGAUGUCGAACUAUUCGUCCACAGACUUGACAAAGCACUAGGAAAAUUGAAAGGUCGAACAUCUGCAUCUACUCCAACGUCAGUGGAAGAGUUGCUGUCCUCUUCCGGCAGACGGGGCGCCACCAGUCGGUCGACAAAUUCAUCGGUUGUGAAUGGCGAUGCUGAGGCGAGUGGCUCCAGUGCUGGCACCUCACUUGCCUCCAGCAAAGACAGUUUGAGGAAGUAGAUGCGCGAAAUCAGGCAAAACACAAUCUUAAUCUUACUCUCCAUAACCAUUACAUGUUGCCAUGCCCUAGUUGCCCUCCACCGAAAUCAUAUCCUUUACACACACGCUCCCAUUGUUUUGGCUUUGGUCGUCAUUCAUUAUUGCUUUGGGACGUUUCACGCAUUUCUUCCCUCCCCCGCCCAUUUGAAUUGGAGAAUCCACACAACCAAGGGCGCCAGGCAUGUUAAUGCAUUUUUAGGUGGACUUUAUACCUAGCCGAGGUCAUAAUUUUAGAUUUGAAAUACAGAACAAUGGUGACGUUUGAACUUAUUCCGGCCUGUGUAGAUUAAAAGAUGUAAAUCGAACGCCGCCGUUCCAGUUUAUGCAAUGCAUAAAUACUACAUAAGUUGCUUCACUAAACAAAUCCAGAGAAAACUCAAUUUGAAAAAUCAGUACAUUCCAAAUGGUGAAAACAAAACGAAAUCAUGUUGCAGUGAAUGGUUUUGAUCUAUUAAAAGAAUUUAAAAGGUUAUGCAAUAAAUUUAAGAUUUAAGGAGGAACACCCUACAUAAGAUAUUUUCUCUAGGCCGUAAGAGAAUUGGAAAUAACGAAUUUUUACAUUAAAAUUUGUUUGUACAGGUUGAGUAGGCAUAGGAAAGGGACUUGUGCGCCUGACUUGUUUCUUGAAUUAUUACCAUUCUUGGUUUUCCCCUGAAGUAAGUCCCCAUUUUGCUCUUGAUAAAGAAAGAGGCUUCAACUUGUGUUUUACCCUUUUAGGAAACAUCUUGGCAAGUCUCGGUCUUGCAUGUUACAUAGCUUUAAAUAUAUUUCUAUAGAUCAGAUCCUCACCAGGCAAAAUAAUGAUUUUUAAACCAACGCAAACAGGGGUAAUAGUAACUACUUAAAAGUCACACGCCAAUAAUAUUUGUAAUUUAAUGUGCGCGGUUUUUCAUUUGUCAUUUUUUUUCGGAUAUCGUCGAACAAGUACGUUGAAAAACUUUCUUUGAACGAUAUGGUGCAUGCAGACUACGCAGAAUCACAACUAGCGCCGAUCUCAGUUUGAGGAAAAAUUCGAGUACUUAAUGGAAUAAUUAUUAAAGUAAUUAUUGUGAAUCUGCGUUUUCAGUAAGACGAAAAAUUCUAGUCAGCUGAAUGUAGUGCAUGACAAAAUUGUGGUUUCACAAUUUGAAAAUGGCUUGAUUGAUUCACGAAUAACAACACUCACACACACUCACAUGUUACUACUACUACUUGUAGGUACCGAUUUUCAACAAGAUAUUCUUCAAAACGAGUAGCGCAAGUUGAAAGAUAAAAAAUGAUUAACGAUGUGGAACACACCCUAGUUUGUGGCUGUUGAUUUUCUUGUUACAUUGUUCUUGUUUCAGCCAGUUCCUAUUCAUGUUUGCUUACUUUCAUUUUAUUGUAAUUUAAACAUCACUAGAAAUUGAUCAGUGAAUGCUACUAUGGCGACGAAUAAUAAUUUAUUGUUAGAGAAGGAUGAGAGAAUAAAUGAACAAUUAAACACUCAAAAGCAAAUGUG